AUGAAGGUGUGGAUGAAGAAGGUGAUGGAAAUGAUGGGGGUGAAGAUGGAGGUGUGGUGGGGUGGAGAAGGAGAUGCUGGUGCAGAGGAUGUGGAGAUGGCUCCGCCCACCUCCAUCGAAGUGGUGGCUGCUGACUCACCUGCCCCCUUCAGCCGCUACCAAACCCAGAACUUCACACUCAUCUGCAUCGUGUCUGGAGGGAAGCCAGCACCCAUGGUGUAUUUCAAACGGGAUGGGGAACCAAUUGAUGUGGUGCCCCUGUCAGAAUCGCCAGCUGUGAGCUCUGGCCCCCUCCAGGACAGCAGGCCCUUCCGCAGCCUCCUGCACCGUGAUCUGGACGACACCAAGAUGCAGAAAUCACUGUCUCUCCUGGACACUGAGUACCGGGCUGGGCAUCCCUAUACAGAGCGCCCCUCCCGCAGUCUCACCCCAGACCCCAGCAUCCUCCUCCAGCCCACCACAGAGAACAUCCCAGAGACAGUUGUGAGCCGGGAGUUCCCACGCUGGGUCCACAGCAAUGAGCCCAUCUACUUCCUCCGCCACAGCCGCACUCCGGGCAGUGAUGGCACCGUGGAGGUGCGCGCCCUGCUCACCUGGACCCUCAACCCGCAGAUCGACAACGAGGCCCUCUUCAGCUGCGAGGUCAAGCACCCAGCACUGUCAAUGCCCAUGCAGGCAGAGGUCACGCUGGUUGCCCCCAAAGGACCCAAAAUUGUUAUGACGCCCAGCAGAGCCCGCGUUGGGGACACAGUGAGGAUUCUGGUCCAUGGAUUUCAGAACGAGGUCUUCCCAGAGCCCAUGUUCACGUGGACGAGGGUGGGGAGCCGCCUCCUGGACGGCAGCGCUGAGUUCGACGGGAAGGAACUGGUGCUGGAGCGAGUUCCUGCCGAGCUCAACGGCUCCAUGUACCGUUGCACAGCCCAGAACCCUCUGGGCUCCACCGACACGCACACCCGGCUCAUCGUGUUUGAAAACCCAAAUAUUCCCAGAGGCACGGAGGACUCCAAUGGUUCCUCGUCUGGCCCUGCUGGCGUCCGGCUCUCCCUGGUGCUCGCCCUGACAGUGGUGUUGGAGCUUACGUGAAGGCGCUGCCGCCCACCACAGCCCUGACCUUGGCAAUUGGUUUUCAUUUCUUUUCUAAACCAUUUCCAGUCGUGUUCUUAGUCUCUUUCUGUCUGUGUCUUGGCUUCUUCAGUUGGUUUAAUUAAAACAAAUAGACCGAUUUUCCCCA